AAUACCGUUAAUUUUUCGGUUAAGGCGCGUCUAUCGUCAUCAUUUUUAGUUCUUAGUAAUUCUUAGUAGACAUAUUUUUUAUAUUGCAAAUGGCAGACGUGUAAUACGUGUUCUAUUUGUUUUUUGUUAUUUUUUAUUGUGACAUAACGUAACAAAUAAUAAUCGAUUAUCAACAAUUAAUAAAUUGUCAACUGUAUUAACUAAAACUCUUUUGUAAUUAUUUAUAAAUAAAUAAUAUAAUUAAUUAAUUGAUUAAUUAUUUGUUUAUAAUGGCUAAACUUGUGGAUAUAUGGCGGUGUGACCAACCGGUCAAUUUGACGCGACGACAAAUGCCUUUGAUUGUUGACGAAAAUUUAACUAUGAUCAUGGAUUUGAAUAAUUUGGGUUACAUUAACGAGAGCCCACUGGUUAAGGGAAAACAACUGGAAGAAUUUAUGAGAAAAUUAGAAAUGUUGACUAAAGAAGAAGUUAAAGCUUCAUUUGAGGUUACGCAUAAAGAUAUUUUGUCUAUUUUGAGUCAGACUGUGCCCUGUGUUGGUUGCAGACGAAGUGUUGAGAGAUUAUUUUUCGAACUUAUGGGAUCAGGACAUCAGGCAUUGGAUCCAUUGAUCGUCACUCCAGAAGGGAUACUCACUAUCUCUGAAGAAAGUUUACAAUCUCCGAGAUUACUUUGUACUAUGCUCCAAGGUCAUAGUGCUCGAUUACAUAAUUUAGUUGAACGACAACCACGAAGUAAAAAAUCACUCCGCUGUGCUUUACAUUCAAUGGAUAUUCAACGAAUGAGGCCACCAAUAAACGCAUGGAGAGAAGCCUGGGAUGCUAUGAAAUCAUCGUGUCGUCAAGAAGUAACACUCGUCGAAACAGAUACUCUCGAAAGUACCUUAGAAACUUAUCUGCGUAAGCACAGGUUUUGUGGAGAAUGCCGUACAAAAGUUUUGUUAGCUUCAACCUUACUUACCUCAGAACCAAAUCCUUCGAAAGAGAAAGGAUACGUAGCAGCUUUAUAUAAAGAUAUUAAACGUUGUACGCCUGAUAAUCAUGUUCACUUACCUACUAAUACCGAUUACAUUAGUAAGUUAAUUGGUCGCGCACAACCAGAAAUUAUGGGCAGAGAACGUCAUGCAAAAACUUUAGAAAUAGCCCAAGAAGAAGUGCUUACUUGUCUGGGAAUCUGCGUUGCCAAUAGACUCCACCGUAUCCACCGGCGUUUAAAAGAAGAAGAAACAAUUUGCCGGGUAUUUGCUGCCGUUGCCGUUGAUGCAUUGUCGCGUAAUUUCCAAAUGGCCGUUGAAGAGAAACAGGGAAUUUCUCAAUUAGAGCUUUUGUAUGAAGAACUUACUCGAGAGGAAAUAGUAAAACAACAACGACGGGAAAAAUUACGUCUCAAGAGGAAGAAAAAGAAGGAACGUAAAUAUGAAAAUCCUGACGAAAAGGAAAAUAAUUGUGAAUGUUCGAAAGAAAAAAAAGAAGGGGAUGAUGGUUGCAUUUGUACAGAAUCUAAACCGACGACUCAAAAUAACGAUCGGCAUAAGCUUCAAAUUUUGGAUCCAAAGAACAAAGGACAGCCGACGUGUAAAUGUCCGGAUUGUCUAAAAAAAACUAAAAAUAGUGACAAUAAAAAACAAACUCAGACUCAGUCAUCGACAUUCCGAAGUAAAAAUUCAGCGCGCAAAGUAAUACAGCCAAAGGUGGAACAAAAUAAAAAUGUAGUUAAUAAUAUAAGUGAUAAAAAAGAUAAGGAUGAAAAUCCAGGUAAAUUUUGUGAAGAAGAUCCGCAUGACAUGUGUUCUUGUUACGAAGAAUUUUUUGAAAAACGCGAAGAUGGUAAAUGGUAUUUACGUGAGGGUGGAAAAACUCCACCAGAAGCAGAGUUACUGAAGUGGGUAGACUUUAAUAAACGUUACGAAAUAAAAUUACGUGAAAUUAUGAGCCGUGCAUCAAGUGAGCCAUCUCAAGACUGUGGUUACUCGUCUGAGCAUAACGUCAGUAGUUCCUCUUUACUGAGUACACCAGAGGGAUCUGAAGUUGCGUGUAGCGAGGGUUGUUGCAGCCAUGAAGGAGACUGUCCGGACAAUAGACCCUGGGAUAAAUUGGAUCAUUCCAGAUUAGGCGUUUCGUUAUUGGGAGAGCAAGGAUUGACGCUCACUCAAAUGUUGGAGGAUUCGUAUUCGUCAGAUGAGGAAGGCACUGAAAGUUAUAUUCCCGCAGAAGAAGUGCAAGAAUUUAAAGCCCGUAUGUGCCAAUUAGACGAACAACGAUUGGAGCUUAGAAAAAAUCUACGACAACGUUUCGCAAUGUUGUGUAGCCAUUAUAAACCUUUUGGCAUUCCUCAUUGAGUAUUUAAACAUUUUUUUUUUUUUUUUUUUUUUU